AUGUUUACUUUGAAGCGACUUGUCCAUAGAUUCAGUGUGAGCAAGCCUGCAGUAACUUUUUGUACUGGGAAGCUAAAUACAAGUAUUCCGGAAGGUUUACGGGAAUUCUUCGAUGAUCCGGCAAAUUAUGGUAAGGAUGAACUUGAUGAUAAGAAGAAGCCUGGUCGUCCAUGGAGUAAGGAUGAAUUAAGAUUAAAAUCAAAUACCGAUCUUCAUAAAUUAUGGUAUGUGCUAUUGAAGGAGCGCAAUAUGUUGCUGACAAUGCAGGAAGCAUGUGUUCAGAAAGCGCAUCGUAUGCCUAAUCCAGAUCGAAUUGAGAAAGUUGCUGAGAGCAUGCGUAACCUCGAAUCAGUGGUACAUGAACGUAACGAUGCCUAUUUUCGUCUUGAAACGGGAGAUGGUGCAGACCCACCUAUGCGAACUAUCACAUCUUUUGCGGGCUUUACUUAUCAGAAACAAGCCACAGAACAUCUCACAUCUCCUGAUAAACAAAAUGAAAAAGAAUAUGAAGUGCCCUAUCUCGACGAUGAUGCCUACUUACUGCAAAAAUUGUGGGCUGAAAAAGAGCAUGCAAAGCAACGUGAUGCUUUAGAUGAUGAAGUAAGACGAAGGCGGCGUAGCAAAGAUCAAGUGAAGCAUCGACGCUCAGCCCGCUCUUAUAUCAGUGACAUUGCCCAGCUUAAAGAAGUGAAAGAAUUGGUCUCACUUCGACCUACCUGGAAGAAAUCAGAGCAAAAGUUGAACGAUAGGAAAAUCCCUAAGCUGAAUGAGUUUUUAUUGAAACGCGAUUAUAUUGGUGCUAUGUCAUUGUUACAGUUUCAAUCAAAAAAUGGAAAUAUUGGUGAUUUAAUGGAACUUUGGCUAGGACAUUGCGCUUUUCAUGCCGGCGAAUAUCGGAAAGCAAUAUCGAUAUAUGAAAAAAUGCUUACUGAGAAAAAUUGUCCAUUGGAAGUGAAUGUUUAUAUCGCUUGUUGCUUUUUUUUCCUUGGAUUAUGUGUAGAAGCCAAACAAUAUGCCGAAAAAGGUCCGAAGAAUGCACUUCAGAACCGUUUAUUAUUUCAUUUGGCAUAUCGAUUAAAGGAUGAGAAGCAAUUAUUGGUGAAUCAGAGUAAUCUACAAGAUACUGUUGAAGAUCAGUUAUCACUCGCUGCGAUGCAUUAUCUGCGUUCACAUUAUCAAGAAGCUAUUGAUAUCUAUAAAAAGAUUCUAAUUAGUAAAAAAAAUUUCAUUGCUUUGAAUGUCUAUCUUUCUUUAUGUUAUUAUAAGCUUGAUUACUAUGAUCUUUCACUGGAAGCGUUGCAACUUUAUUUGAAUGAAAAUCCCGACAGUGCCAUUGCUAUAAAUCUGCGUGCCUGUAAUCACUACAAAUUAUAUAAUGGUAAAACUGCAGCGAAAGAACUUCAAAAGUUACAAAAUGGGAAAAUAUCAAAUUUCAUGUUUGUGAAGGAUCUCAUCUCUCACAAUACAGUUGUCUUCAGUGAUGGAAAUGCCGCACUUCAAGUUUUUCCACCACUUAUUGAUAUUUUACCUGAAGCAAGACUUAAUUUGAUAAUUUUCUACCUGAAAAGAGAUGAAGUGGAAGCAGCACUUAAUCUGGUAAACGAUUUGGAUCCGCAACAUCCAACUGAGCAUCUUCUGAAGGCAAUUACUUAUUGUACCAUUAGUUAUCAGAAGAAAUCUAAGGAGCAUUUGGAAUUGGCGCAAGAAUAUUUUAGAAUAGUUGGCGAAUCAGCUGCUGAAUGCGAUACAAUUAUCGGUCGACAAGCUAUGGCGUCCUCCUACUUUCUAAGUAAUCAAUUUGACGAAGUACUCGUUUAUUUGAACUCAAUUAAAACUUAUCUUCAUGAUGAUGACACAUUUAAUUUUAACAUUGGUCAAGCCUUAUUAGCCAGUGGUAACAGCGAGGAAGCUGAAACUAGCCUAUUACUUGUCGUUGAUGAAGAAUUGAGGAAAAAGCCAGCUUAUUUUCUGAGCCUUGCUCGGGCCUAUAUCCAAAAUGGUAAAAGUAACUUAGCUUGGGAAAUGUAUAGGAAGAUGAAGAACUCUGAUGAUAUUUUGAAAUUACUAUCUUUAAUUGCAAACGAUUGUUAUAGGAUUGGUGAUUACUUAUACUCGGCAAAAUCAUUUGAUGCUAUGGAGAGAAUUGAACCAAAUCCGGAAUAUUGGGAAGGCAAACGUGGGGCUGUUAUUGGAGUAUUCAAACUGGUCGUGGAACAAAAAGCACUACCAGUUUUUUCCAAUCGAUCAGUCUAUCUUCAAAAAAUUCGAUAUUAUGGAUUUGACAUGGACUUUACAUUAGCAAUUUACAAAUCACCAGAAUAUGAUAUUUUGUUGUACAACAACAUUAUAAGUCGUCUAAUACUACUCGGCUAUCCCGAGCAAUUACGAUCCUUUCCAUAUGAACAGGAUUUUGCCAUUCGUGGUUUAUGGUUCGAUCGAACUUUUGGUAAUUUAUUAAAAGUUGAUGGAUUUGGAAAUAUUCUUGUUGGUAUACAUGGCUAUAAUUAUCUUCGUCGGACAAAUGAUGGUACAGGCGUUCGAAACGGCGACACCAUAAUAUCUUAUAAAUCACUUGCUGAAGAUGUUUUAAGCGCUGUCAAUUAUGUUCAUAAUGAUAGUUCGUUAAAAAGCGAUGUUUUGCAAAAUUUGGACAAAUAUAUCAUCAAAGAUGAUCGAAUUAAACCAUUCCUGCAAUUGAUCAGCGCUCAUGGUGGACGGACAUUUCUUCUGACCAAUAGCAACUACAGUUAUACAAAUGGAAUAUUAAGCUAUUUGAUUGGGCCAGAUUGGACAUCAUAUUUUGACGUUUCAAUUGUUGAUGCAAAAAAACCGCUGUGGUUCCUGAAAGGCACUGUUUUUCGACAAAUCGACACUGCAACAGGAACGCCUAAAAUUGGUGUGCAUCAGGGAUUACUUAAAAAGGGUGACGUUUAUGCUGGCGGUAAUGCAGAUGAUUUUCGUCGAUUAUUUAAUGCUCGAGAUAGAGAAGUGCUAUACAUUGGUGAUCACAUUUUUGGUGAUGUACUUAAAUCGAAGAAGACAAAAGGAUGGCGUACAUUUCUUGUGAUACCUGAACUCGUAAAAGAGAUAUCCAUUUGGUCACAACAGCAUGAUUUAUUUGAAAAAGUGAUAGAAUUGACUAAACAGGUUGAAGGGAUGUAUAAUCAAAUAAAUGUUAGCUCUACUCAACAAAGUAUUCAAGAAGGAAAUGCUCAAAUCCGAGUAGAACGAUUUGCGGAUCUUUAUUCUUCCAGUUGUUAUAAUUUAAUUUACUAUCCACUUUUUUAUUUUUUCCGUGCUUCGAUGACAUUAAUGCCGCAUGAAGUGAAUGCCGACAAAUGUAUCCGUAAAAAGAAAUUGGUAUCGGCAUCAAGCGGAAGUAGAAAAAGCAUCAAAAAAGUGCCACAUGUUCAAGAAGAUACUAUAGCGGCUACUGAGGAAGAGCCUUCAGGUGACGUUAGUAAUGAAGGACAGACGUCUUCAAAAUCCGAAUAA